AUGGCAUUGGGCCGUGUUUGGAGAGUUUGCAGUGUGUGGCUGUUGUUGACCGUGACCCUGACCCUGGGCUGUGAGAGGUUACAGUUACUGCAAGUUCUCAACAGAGAGACUCUGGGCGAGCUAAAUGAAAUGGGUGGCCGCCUCCCUCGACACUGUGUGACUGAGAGGCUGUCGUUGAAAACCAAGCUCUUGGAGCUGGUGAAACUUUCGGCGGAGGUUCCUGCCCAGGAAAGGAUCCAGAUUGUCCAUCAGACCCUGCAUCACCUCUGCAGGAUCUACAGUAUGAACCUGAGCUCAGUCAGCUGGGUCCAGAGCUCAGUGGAACUCCUCCGGCUUCUGUUGGAUCGGCAGCUCAGAGAGCUGGAUGUGUGUGUCCGGAAACCAGGCUCAGAGACCAGACCAAGGAAGAAUGCCGCAAUUCUUAAAUACUUUCAGAAAUUGAGAGAGUUUCUGAAACAGAAGGGAUUCAGCAACUGUGCCUGGGAGAUAACCCGCACUGAGACCAUGACGCAUUUGAAACAGCUCCUUCUCAUUAUGGCAAAAAUCAGCAGAGAUCACUGAAGAUUUUCCAGAGUCAAUUUCAUGAGGGAUCAAGAUUUAUGACUAUUUAUUUAAAAUAAAUUUCAAGGAAAAGUAUAUCUGAACAGACUGAUAUUACAUUCAAAAAUAAAUUAAACUAAAUGCUAGAAAUGUUAAUGGAAACACCAACUGGUGCAAAUAAUCAGUGCAUGUGCAGAAGAAACCUGAGUUAAUUCCUCGAGUCAAUGCUCAUAAACUUGAAACGCUAACUGUUGUUCACUCCUCUCAGCAGUUGUCGGAGCUGUGCAUGUUUGCAGUAUUUUCUGUUUUUACUAUUUAUUAUAUAACUAUAUGAAUCACAUAUUUUCAUUUGGCAAGUGAUGUGGAAGGAAUAAUGUCCGGGUCUUUCUCCAUAUCCAGUGUUGUAUUAAUUUAUUGUAUUAUUAAUUAAUUAAUUUAUUUUUGUAGUAUUACUCAGUGAUGACAUGUGAAUUUGCUGAAUGAUCCUAUUCUUGUCCAUUCAUAUCAAGACAGGCAGCUACUGUAAUGCAAUGAUCCAUUCCUGGAAAAGGUGCACAGUGGACAGCUUCGUACUCUAUCUGCCAUUCUGCAUCUUAUCUCUGUUAUGGUUUACAUCAUUUUAGUUCCCUACCUAAAAUUAAUCCUGGGUGGAAUUUUCUUUCUCAUAAGUUCAUGCACAUGAAAUUUUGCAAUUUCUUCUGUCCAGCAUCCUCUAGUGUUAUCAGUUUAAUCUGAGAGUUGUAGGUUUCAGCCCCUUUUCAAAGGAAAAUUGUUUAAAGUUCCGUUCGUUUUCCCAAAAAUUAUUCCUCUAAUUGUCAUUUUUGCAAUGGGAAUAUGCAUUGGGAAUGUUCUGACCUACACUUAGUGCACAGGUUGUGGUUUGCAAAAC